UUAUUUUGACAUUUCGUUUUGAGUUUUAUUUUCUUUUUGGCUUUUAUUUUUACCUUUAGUUUGUCGCUCUAUCGUUAUUUCCCAACACCAAAACGAUAUUAAAUCGACUCAACAUUAACUCCUUUUCACUUAUUAAAAAUGAAUCACUGGUAACAACAUGGAAUCAACCAUCAAAAUCAAGCAGGAACCCGGUUUGAAGGCACGAGGUAAUGCCACGAUUACAACUGCACCCUCACCACUGGGGACACAACACGCUGCUGCAAUCAGUGUUAAAACCGAAAGAUUGACCUCCUUUCGGGUCCCCAGAGAUCUUACGCUCGGGGGUUUGACUAAUGGACGCACUCCUAAACCGGCGGCUAACAAAAAGGUAUACACGCCUAAUUUGAAUGCCGUUCGUAAUAAGGAUACCAACGUAAAAACUGCCUCCACCGGAACGAAACAACGUGUCAAGACUGAACGAAACAAAGAUUCCAGAGCCAAAUCAGGUAAAGGUUCUUUAAUUCAGACAUCCGGAAUUUUCUCGGAAGGUUUGGCCCAACGAACACUUCAAAAGUCAAGAAGUGAAAAGUAUAAUAAUUCGUCAUCGAAAGAGCCAGGCGAAGCAAUCCGAAAGCCUGUCUUCCGGACUGAAAUUAAGAUAGAUCCGGAAGAAGAACGGAAGAGGAUCCACGAUCUCUUUGGAGAACUUGAUGAAGAUACGGGGGAAGAUUCCAAAAAGCACGGUAAUGAAGCAAAUAUGCCGGUCAAAUUGGAAAACUUGGACUAUAGAUUUAAACCUGCCACCCUAAAGACAGAGAUUAAAGAUGAGGCAAUGGUGCCGAAGGCGGAAGUUAGAGAACUGCUCGAUUCAAUCAAAUCUAACCAAGUAGAUCAUAGUAAUUUUUUUCUGCUGCAACUACCGGAUGCGUUACCCGGUCGAACGGACAUUGAUCCUAAAAAGGGGCAAGACCAACAAACUACACAGGAUAUCGGCAAUCAAAAUGGACUCGAACCUCCGCGGUGUACGGUUAGAGAACUAGAGGAGGGUUACGUCGGAAAGGUACUGCGAUACCGCUCUGGCAAAGUUAAACUUUUACUCGGAAACACACUGUUCGAUCUUACGUUAGGAAUGGACAGUGGUUUUCUGCAGGAACUAGUGUCGAUCAACACCAACACAGCAGAGCGUAGUGGGAACAUUAUAGACCUAGCAACCAUCAAAGCCAAAUUAAAUGCAUCGCCGGACUGGGAACAUCUGUUCAGAAAAUAAAUUAUCAAUAUUCAUUUAAAACAAA